ACUCUAUCAUUUCAAUACACCAUUGUUUAGUGCACAGCAAUAAGUCAUCAAAGUAUGUGGCCAUUGUUAGGACAAAGAUUUGAGAUUUUUGUUACUUAUAAUCUACUUCUGAAAUAUAGGAGCGUGUUGUGUAAACUAAGUUCUACAUAGAAAUAAUACUUAUACAUUUGGCAAAAAACAAGUUCAAGACAGUUCUGAACGUAAUCACUGUACAUGUUGUUUGUUUAUUAAUAACAUUUUCAAUGUGUACACUUUUCGUCGUUCCACUAAUGAGUUUGUUAGUUUUGUUGUGUUUUUUGGUGACCGACCUGAUAGCAUUCUGCAGCACACACGCGACCAAUGAGCUGCGGUAUGACGGAUUAAAGAAGAAACAAUUCAACUUCAACUCUGGAAUAGAGUGGAACUUCCUGAAGAAAAUUCGACAUCAAUCAAUGCAUCAAACUGCAGAAUGUGGACCUCAUGGGAAAUUCGAGUACUGCAUCGACGGCAUCCCCGGCUGCGUCGUCGGCUGCCACUGCCACCCGGGAUAUUACUUCGAUACAGAUACCAAAAUAUGUGAACUAAAUGUAAAAUUGACACAAGACUUCCGACGCCAUUAUGCACCUGAACCCUCGCGUCUAUACGAACCUCCUGCAAUUAUUCAUGGUACAGACGUCACAGUAUCAACGCUAUCACCUACAAACAACAAUGCUGAUAAGAUUGAUGAAAUUCCCAAAGAUACAGAUGAACUCGGUGAUUGGCUGUACAAUCAAUUCUUCAAAACAAUUGAGAGUCAAGUUAUUAAUAAGUCCAAUAACACAAAGCCGGAAACUAAGGAAAAAGCACCAACGCGCAGAAGUGGAGGUAACAAUGCCCCAGCUAUUAAAUCCAGGAGAAAAGCUCGUAAGUCUAUGCGAAGCAGCAGGAGGAAAAAACACAUGAAAGGACAUGGUCUCAGGCGGAAACUGUUGCGCAUUACUGAAGACGACAGCUUGUUUGAUUCCGACUCUGACUCUGAUUCAAGCGGCAGUUCCAGUGGUAGCGAGGACGAUAGUGAAAGCUCGUCUGGUUCCGCUGAAUCGAAGGAAAGCGAGGGAAACGGAAAAAAGCCUUCCAACGAUAAAGAUGACAAAGACCAUGGACACAAAAAAGUGAUAAUUUUUAACAGAAGACCAAAGCCACCGUUGCCGUCGUUCAUAUUCUUGCCGAGCAUGGACACGCCGUUCUACCCGCCGAUAGGCCUGCCGCCGCCGCCGCCGAUGCCCAUGUACCCCAUGGUACCAGUGCCCCCAAUGUUCCCUCCAUUCCCAGUUCCUCCGCCAUGUGACGAGGGAGGGGGCGGCGCCAGCGAGGCGACUAGCCCGAGUACACCGCCUGGGGGCGCCUCUGAGGCAUCCACUCCAGUCACUCCACCAAACGGCGCAGCGGCUCCGGCAGACGAAUCGCCCACAACGGUCACCACGACCACAGUAUCGGAAACACCGCCGGCUUCAAGACUUCGGAAGAGUGACCGGCGCAGUAGAUUUGAAAAGCGCCUCAGAAAGCCGAUGCCGGAAGAUUUCAUAGCACCUGCAGGCGAACACGGGAAACAAAAGAACCUCAAGCAUGAACAACGAAAGAACCUUAUGCACAAACUUCAGGAGCAAAUGAGAAAAAAUAAUAGAAAACAAAUAAAUACGAGUGAUGCACAAAUGGAUAAUCUAGAAGACGUGGGCUCAGUAAAUGAAGAAGACAUUCCGGAUCUGCCGGACGCAUUCCCGCAUCACAAAAGGUCCAAACACAAACCAGAAGAGCCGAAGAUGCCCAAAUUAGAGGACGUUGAUUUUACGUAUUUAUCUCAACUUAUUCAUCGCGUGAAUGAAAGUCAGACUAAAAAUAAACUACCCUCGAUGCCAUUAGAUCUUAACAAGGAUUUAAAAGAACUUCAAAGAAUUCAGGCUCAACAAACACGUAGAACUUUCGAUUCUUAUAACUUACCACCUAUAAACGAUCAUCCUGAAGUCAAUCAACAUAGAAAUUUGCAUAAACCAGGAUCUGAUGACAUCUACUAUACUAAUUUAGGAAGGAAAAUAGCUGCUAUGAUACGCAAUGCAGACUUUAAAUUGAAUUCUCAAUUUAAUGAAGAAUCUGAACACCACCAACUUCCAUACCAUUCAGUACUUAAUGAAAACAGCCAAAUGCCUCAGGCGUAUUGGGAGCGAUCUGUCCGAUCUCCACUGAAGCAGUUAAGACCAUUUAGUAAUUACCUCGAAGAGGCACGUACUCUGAGGCAUAGUAAUGAAAGAAAUCUUCUGAACCUCGAAAAUGAGGUUAAAACAUUUGCAUCUACUCCUGAACCUCUAAGCUUACAAGAUCUUGAAAACAUUUUAAAUACUAUGCAAAAAGUACAUGCUCACAUUAAAUUGAGACAACCCUCCACUAACACGAAGCGAUCAGAGGUUAGUAUGAAUGUGAACUUAUUACCAAAUUACAUCAAACCCGAAAACUCUUACAGAAGAAUAUUAAAUGAGCCGAAAAAAGUUGAAUAUUUUCCAAUUUCCACCACAUCACUCCCCAAAGUGUACGCAAAGACACACGCACUCAACAUAACUAAUCUAACGGUCUUCCAUAAGGAGGAAAGUAAUGACAACUCACAGUUCCACGAUUACUGGAUGUAUUCUGGUAAUCAACAAGCAGUUAAACCGAUUCCGAUAUCUGUCUCUACAAGUAAGCCACUUCUACAUAAAACAGAAAGUCAUCCUCAUCCUCAUUCUCAUCCUGACCUUCAUCCUCAUGUUCAGAAUCCUAUCAGACCGCUGUCCGUCAGUGCAGUGCUCCCGCAGAAUCCCUCCCCAACGAAGGUGCCGCGUACUGAACACCUGGCAUUUCUUAGAAGCAUGCCUUUAGUGAAACAGACUACUCCGAAAAGAUAUGAGCCAAUACUUGGAAAUAACCAUAACUUAAAUUACUUCACGGGUAACAAACAUCAUUAUAUGUUUGAACAAGGUUUAUACCCGCUUCUUACACCUUUUCGAAGACAAAUAAGAAGAAACUACAGACAUCCUUCUUUUUUCCACCCUUCGUUACAUCACUUUGAAUUCUUCGAUUGAUAUGACACUGCUUUUGUAUUUCUGUAUUUUUCGAUA